CCCGCCCCCGCAUCCGAAUCGCCGCCUCGCCGCCCGCCGUGGCCGCCGCAGUACCGCCCGAUCUCUCCGUCCGGCCUGAUAUCUGACGCAGGAAGACGUCGUGUCCUGCGGAGGAUGACCACGAUGCUGGCGCCCUUGAGUCUCUCGCUGCUGCUUGCGGUCCUGUGUGCAGCAGAGCAUCACGAUUCCAGCGUGGACGUGGGGGAGCAAUUCUGCGAGAAGAUCGUGGACCCAGACGCGCAGUCGGAGUGCUUGACCUGCUUCCGGGAGGCUGCAAAUGGAAAGAAAAAUGACAUAAAACGCUGUGCAAGGGACUGGCUUAGUCCGCAGAUGGCAAAGUGCGCGUCUAAGCAGAGCGACGCCGAGUUCGAAUCGUGCAUGGCAAUUGCGGGUGAACGGGAGAAGGUGAAAGAGAAGAGAACAAAUACCUUGGUGAAUGUCGGACAACCACAGCUGCGCAAAGUGAUGGAUUCGCAGCUCGUUCAGGGCGCCGGGCCAGCCGUCUUCUCGAUCCUCUGCCAGGAGCUCUUCAUUACGGACGAGAACCUCAUUGCCCUCGUCGACGACCUGGCCAGCGAGUGCUUCACCAGGUUCGUGCUCGACAGCAAGGACGAGACCUGGCACCUGCACCACACCAACGCCUCGCAACAGGGGCGCCAGAACGCGAGGGCGAGCGCGCCGAAGCCCGCGAAGACCGAGGGCAUAGCGCGGAGUCACCUGGUGUACAGCUAUGGGCAAAUGGGCGUUGACAUGCCCUUCCACGGUGUUGGUCCUUUGGCAGUGGAUAUCCUCAAGGGCAAAUGCAUCUUCGAGAAGUUGGCGGAGGCAGGCAAACUUGAUCUUCUUGUCGAAAUGGCACUGAACUCACCAUACCCUGUGCCCAGCUGGUUUUUCCAAGAUAUACUGGCAUCGAUUACCUCCAUCACCCUUCCGAACUGAGAGCAACGAAGACCUUUUUUUCUCACUGGGGAAAAAAAUAUAUUCAUUGGAAUAAAUCUUUGGAAAGUUUUGUUGGUAUUAAAUGUUGACAUUGGUGCAGCAUAUGAUUGGAUAUUGUUUUACACUGCAAUAAACACAGAACUGGUGAAAUAUUGCCUGUCUUAUAUGGUGAUAAUGUGCUUCUGCAUCACCAAGUAACAAAAAAUAAUCCAUAACUUCUGAUUGUAAAAUAAAUAAAAAUCUAUACACAC